AUGAACAUGGAGACCCUGGGCUUCACCGUGAAGUCCCGGAUGAAGAACGCGGUGGUGGUGGGACCGCCCAAAUCCGACGUGUUCUGUGUGCGUCCGUCCAAACCCACCAAGUUCAGGGACUUCUACUACAGACCAAACUUCCCCACGAGGCUGCAGCACGGAGUGAAAGGGUUCAGUCUGAAGUGGAACGUGGAGGUGGACAAACUGGACUACGAAUAUUACCUGCCGCUGUUUUUUGACGGACUUUGCGAGACCGAGCAUCCGUUCACAGUAUUCGCUCGAGAGGGGAUCUACGACAUGUUGGAUUGCGGCGGCGCCAAGAUCCUCCCGGUGAUCCCCAAGCUGAUUAUGCCGCUACGGAACGCCCUGAACACCAGGAACUGCCAGAUCAUCUGCACCACCCUGAGGGUCCUCCAGCGCCUGGUGGUGUCGGCGGAGGGCGUGGGGGAGGCUCUGCUGCCGUACUACAGACACAUCCUGCUCAUUCCCAACAUCUUCAAGUCGGUGGAGAAGCACGACCUGCGGAAACUGAUCCAGGAAACGCUCCAGCUGCUGGAGGUGUCCGGAGGAAAGAACGCCUUCAUCAACAUCAAGUACAUGGUGCCGACCUACAAGUCCUGCCUCACGCACCGAUACUGA